AUGAGGGAAGUGCUCUCCGUUCAGCCCACCGUGAAGAAAGGGAAAACCGAGGAAAGAGACGUCCUGACCUUUUCAAGCAAAGACUUGGAAAGAAUUCAAGUGCCUUAUAAUGACAUUAUAGUGGUGACCCUUCACGUCAAAGACUUCGACAUCAAAAGAAUUCUGGUUGACCAUGGGAGUUUGGUUGGGAUCAUGUAUUAUGACGCGUUCAAACAGAUGAAGUUGGAGGACAAAGACUUGGCCCCCACGACGUCUCCAUUGGUUGGCUUCAAUUCUCAACUAGAAUGGCUGAUCGGAAAGAUCAUAUUGCCGGUCAAAGUGGGAUCAGUCACGAAGCAAGUGGAAUUUUGGGUGCUCAAGGUUCCCUCAACCUACAACUUAAUUUUGGGCAGGGGCUGGUUGCAUGCCAUGCAGGCAGUAGCAUCGACCUACCAUCAGGUCCUGCGCUUCCCGGCACCAACUAGACAGGUAGAAAAGGUUUGGGGAGACCAAGUAAUGCCAAAACAAUGUUUCGUCGUAGUAAAUGGCAGUAGAGUUACCAAAGGCUUUGUGCAAAUGAUAGGGGGUCCAGAGGGAAAUGAAGUUCUGGAAGACGUAGGAAGAAAGACCAAGGAGAAAUCGGUCGAAGACUUACUGGAGGUACGUGUAGACGAGAAUGAUCCAAGCAAGUUCUUUCUUCUGGGUUCAUCUCAGUCCAGUGCCAAGCAGCUCGAGUAUGUCGACUUUUUAGUUUCCAACAUGGAGGCCUUUACAUGGACGCCUUACGAUAUGCCUGGCGUCGACCCUAGCUUCAUUUGCCACCAGUUAAACAACUUUCCAAACGUACGGCCGGUCAUCCAGAGGACACGGCGCUCGGCCGUGCACCAUGCCGAGAUAGUGGCGGAAGAGGUCAAGAACUUGUUAGAAGCAGGGGCAAUAGAAGAAGUGCAAUACCCUAAAUGA